AUGACAGUCAUCACGCACCACAUAGUCCCCGAUGGGGAUCUCUACAUCGUUCUUAAAGAACCAAACACGCAGAAAGUACUGCCAGAUGUUUCUCUUCGCCAACACCAGUACAGUUUGCCAGACUACUUGCCCGACCAUGAUCGUCUGGAUGUUCCGUCUAUGAGUUCUCCUCUUCCCUCUUUCAGAAUCUAUGAUGAGGAACCUGUUGAAAUCCGCCUUCGCGUUUCUUCUGCCCAUAUGACUCUCGCUUCACCCGUAAUCAGGAAGAUGCUCCAAGGUCCAUGGACCGAAAAUACUGAACCUGCUUUUCCUGACUCAGCCAACGCCUCAUCUUCCUCAAGCACGUCAGUUCGCGAAAUUUCUACAAUCGGAUGGAACGCAGAUGCUCUGGUCGCUCUGCUCAACGUUAUCCAUGGCCGCCACAGCGAUGUGCCACAGAAGGUCAAUCUCAGCUUCUUUGCUGACUUUGCAGUCAUUGUCGACUACUACCAAUGCGACAGAGCCGUUCUGUUUGCUCCACUUCUGUGGUACAAGUCGCUCUACAAGGUCCCCAAGGGAUUUGGAAGGAAGCCCAUUCUAUGGAUGUACAUUAGCUGGGUCUUCUCCUGGUAUGAAUUAUUUGCCGAUAUGACGAUGUUGAUCUGGAAGCAUGGUGAGGGCCUGGAUCUUGUCAAAACCUACGAUCUCCCUAUCGCUGAGAUCCUCGAGAAUCUAGACACCAAAAGACAAGAGGCUAUCACGACAGUCUUGGGGGAGCUUGACAAGAUGAUUGGGGAACUUCAAGAUGACCAGACCGACGACGCAGCCUGGGAUGCCUGGGGGGCUCCGGCCACUGACCACGCACGCCGUUGCAUGACGCUGGGUUCAGCCCUACGAGAGAAACGCCGAAUGGACAAACUAUAUCUCCCUCUCACAGUUCCAUACACUGGUUAUUCUUUCUCUAAAAUCAUCAGUAUGGUCCAUGAGUUCCGUACACUGGAGAACCACGUCGAGUACGGACCCGAGAACGGAGUUGAUUCGUGGAAUGCAGUGCCGGCAGAACAGGAAGACAGUCCCAAACAGCGACUGAAGAACAAAAUCGACAUCAUCCUGAGUGAUAUCGAAUGGCUCAGCUUGGCAAACUUCAGAGAUUGA